AGGGAUACAUCCCACAUCCUGACGUCAGCUGGAUGUGAAAGUUUUUCUCCCCACUCCAGCGUCCAACUGACGCAUUCACUUAUCUGCUCCACACCAGGAAUUUGAGGUCCAGACAGGCCAUCGCGUCCUGCCGUGAUGGCUCCCUCCAGCCCUACCUCUCCUCUCCUCCACCUGCUGCUCUGUGCGCUGAUGGCCGACCUGCGUUUGGCUUACAUCACGCACGGCAACUUCAUCUACUACUCCAGGAGCCAGGACCCCCAGCCGUGCAGCACGUCUUCAGUUUCCGACUGCAGAUGCAAGAACUUCCAGCUGUCCAGCGCCCACAGGCCCCUGUCUCACUCCACUCCCGCUUUCCAGGGGAAACACUUGACUGUGUGGUUCUCGUCUCCCGCCACCGUGAUGCGUCUGCUGAACAACUCGGAGGUGAGGCACCUCACGCUCAUCCACUGCGGGCCUCCCGGGGAGCCCCGGGGGGCAGCCUCGUUCUCUCAGGAGGGUUACUUUGCGGUGCAGCGCUUGGAGAGGCUGACGGUGGUGAACGUGCCCGAGAGGCCGUUUCACCCUUGCACCGACGCAAACUGCGCCAAGAGAACAAACGCUAACCAAGACAGAGACAACAGCUUUGCAUUUGACUCAAACAAGUCCAACAAGGACAGGGACACCAACAUGGACCUCGUUGCUGAGGCGAUGAGAAGCUCUUUGAGAGCGUCCUCGCCUCAGAUCCAGGACAUCUUCCUGGGCCGGGAGCGCGGAGCGGAGCAUCACGAACAGGCCCGACUGGGAAUCAUCCACAGCUCCGUGCUGGACUGGGGAGCCGAGAUCAAAACGUACACGGUGCUCACACACAUAGACAGUGACGGGACGCUGCCUUUCCCUGACCUUCACCUGGCAAAAUUACCAGAGGCGUCAGUCAUCUAUGUCAGCUUUGUGUACUGACAAAAGACUUACUACGAACCACCGGUAGCAUAACACAGGCCUCUAUUUGGACCUACACUUUGAAUAUGGUCCGUGGGUCAAUGAAAUGUGAUAUAAAAAGCUCUGUCUUUUUAGGCUCUCUGCAGGCAUCUGGUGUAUGAUAAUUCAGUACAUCACCAUUCUUAAAGUUUACAUUCAAAUAAGUUCAAACAACAAACCUUUUAGAUUCUAGUUUGUUAUAAAAAAAAGUUACCUGGUUUGGUAGAUACAAGUCCUUUCCACGCCAAGAAAUUUAGAAAAUGACAAAACAUUGUUCUUCUUCUUGUUUUUAAAGGUGAUUAAAUUGUCUUAAUUGACAGUCUAACCCUUUCUGUUUCUGUGGAAAAGGAGCUAUAACUAUUUGUUUUGAAAAUCUUAUGAUAGGACAGGACUCCUCCAUCACAGAGAGGCAUCUUUGGGUCACCAAGUCUCCUGAUUAACCAUCAGAUAAUAUUUAUUUGCAGGAAAAAACCCCAUAAGGAAUCUUGUUCUGUCCUCUUAUCACAAUCGAUGUUUGAACGUAGCUAGAAGCUACAGGAACAUUAACUUGAUCUGUGUGACAAACACCCCACAUGUUUUUGGUGUGAAAUCAAGCGUUAAGAUGUGAAAAGGCACCUCAAGCUCAUUGUUGAGUACAGUGGAGGAUCUGUUAUGCUUCAAUUAUGGUCUGGAGAACAUGAUAUCGCAAACUCUUUCAAAUACCAGGAUAUGUGAAGAAAAAAAAUCCCUACUUAAUUGUGAAUUACAAGCCAGAUCAAGUUUUUUUUAUGGCCACCUAACUACACAAAGAAAACAGGCUGGGUGAGCUGAAGAGAACUGGCACAGGAUGAACUCAGACACAAACAGAAAUAAGAACCUGACAGUCUAUUUUUACUUGGGUGAGGUUUUUCAACUGUAACCAAAGAUAAACACGUUUUAAGGGUUGUCACACAUUUGUACAAGGGUGCCAACAAUUGGAUCACAUUGUAACAAUGGUUGUGUUAUUUCUUCUCACUUUGUUACCAAAGCCUUAAACUUUUCACAGACCACUAAAGUAUGCUCACAAUGCAAACAACGGUAAGCACUCAGAGCUCAACACACCAGAACACCAUGUGUCCUUUGUUUCCAGCUGCUGUUUAUGUACUGAUCUGAUCUUUCCACAUUUGCGUUUGUGAGGUUUCAGUACAAAGUGCUGCACAGAUGCAGUUUCCUGUUUGUUUGAGCAGCUUGACAAUAGCUGGCAGCGUCAUGGUUCUGCACUUGACCAACGUCUGGGUUUAGCACCCUUUGCAGAGAAACAAAAGGAGAAGUCCAAACCAAACAGGGCAGUCGGGAGAUUUUGUUGCAGCAUAAACAUCUCCCAGUUCAUCUUUUAUGUUUUAGUCCUGACCUCUGCUUCCUUCUUUCUCAUCAGAGGUUCGAGGUUUGUUUACAGUGAAGUGAGUCAGAUGUACUUCAGAGUCUGAGCCACAAGGUGGCAGCAGAUAUGUUUGAGUAAAUUACAGCGACGAUGAAGAACAGACUGAGAACGUAAAUGUUUUUCUUGUAUAGCCCUACAGUUAAUAUAAACCUGAAAUGUAACAUGAGUUACUAUUGAUUAUAAAUGGUUCUGCAUAUUUAUUUGUUGUGUUGCUAUGGAAGCGUAUUAGCAGUCCGUCAUCAGAGUCUAUUUAAUUUCAUAAGCAAAAAAUAAAUGAUCUGUAUAAUAAUAA